AUGAUGCAAAGAUUAAUUAGCACUUACUUUUAGCAUCAUUUGCAUCUCUCAUUCUUUCUUUCUUUCUUACUAUGUUUUGAAAGCAAAGUUUUGUGAUUGUUUCAUUCAUUCAUAUAAUAUAUCAUAUGUUUUUCUCUCUCUAGAGAAACAUACCAACAUGUCCCCUUUUGAUUCUUCACCUCAAACAAGUCAUAGCAAUAGCAACAACAGCACUAGUCCAAGUGGUGGUGGUGGUGAUGUGUUGUUGAAAUGGGGUCAAAAAAAGAGAUCAAGAGUUUCUAGAACUCUCAAUAUUGAAGAUUCAUCAUCUUCUGUUCAUACCAAUCAAAGAAAAAACUUUUCUGCUAAGUUUUCCUCUGCAUCUAUGCCUCCUCCACCUCCUCUUGUUUCUUCUUCUUCUUCUACUAUCUCCAAUGGUAGAGUUAGAAAACAUAAUAGCCCUAGGAAUUUGGAAGAUCUUUCGGAACAUUCGAGAAUGAGUCCAAUUGUUUGUAGAUCUGCAGAACAAAAGUUGUCUACUUGUAUUGAAAGAAGUAACAAAAGAAUGCCAUCUACAAAGUGUACUAAGAAGCAAAAUGGAACUUCAACAACAAAAACCACUAAUCAUGUUGACACUAAUGGAGAAAAAGUUAGUGUUGAGGUAAUUCAAUUGCCAAAGAUAUACAUUUCUCUUUCAAGAAAAGAGAAAGAAGAUGAUUUUCUUGCAAUGAAAGGGACAAAAAUUCCACAAAGACCAAAGAAGAGAGCAAAAAACAUUGAUAGAACUCUUCAGUAUUGUUUUCCUGGGAUGUGGCUAUCAGAUCUAACAAAGAGUAGAUAUGAGGUUAGAGAGAAGAAAUCUGUCAAGAAGCAAAAGUGUAGUAGAGGCUUGAAAGGAAUGGAAAGCUUAGAAAGUGAUUCAGAGUGACAAGCACACAACUUAAUUUUCCAAUGAAAGCUUGGUUGGUGAGAAGUGAAAAUUCAUGAAACAAAAAUAGUAUUUCUUUAUUUCUUAAAAGUCUCCACAGCCGUUGGUAUUGUUAGAAACAUUUCUUAAAAGUGGUUUUAAUUAGGUCCCUUCUCUUCUUUACAAAUGUCAUUGUAUUGUAUAGAGAUUAUAUUAUUAUAUGAUAUUAUUUUUAUUUUGUAUUUUUCAUAUCUUUAUAAUCUUUUGAGUUGUAAUAUGAGGGUAGGACUCUUAUUGGUAUGGUAGGCAAUACUUGAAGCUCUAAAUACCAAUCAUUCAUAUGUGGUAGGACCUUAUUUGAGAAUGUCAAAAAAGUAGUACAUAUAUAUCAAGUGGUAACUUUGGUUUUCAAAUUUGAAAACUAUAGCAUAUACUAUUUCACGGGU